GUUUGCGGUCGCUGCCCGAGGAGGAAUUCGGAGGAGGCGCGAGGCCCGGUGCUCGCGCCGCGCCCGGGAGCCCGGGAGCCCGGGAAAGAGGCCGCCGGCGGCGGCGGCGGCAUGAGGCAGGCGACGCGGCGCCUGUGAGCAGCGCGCGGCGGCGGCGGGGAACCUCAGCGCGGGGAGAGCCGAGCGGCCGGGGGCUCCCCUCCCCCGCUGCCGGGCGGUGAUUUGCCGGGCCUGCUGCGCCCCCCGCCCACCCCUCGCCCCAGCCGCCGCCUCGCCGCUUCCCUUCGUCGGAGCGGCCGCUCGUCCGCCCGCCCGCCCGGCUCGAGGCCCGCGGGGAGCGCGGCGCAGUCCGUUGGCCCGCGGGGGGGCGGCCUCCCGGCAUCUUCGCGUCGCCCAAGGACGACCAGGAAGGGGAGCGGCCGGGAUGGCGCGUCCGCGGCCCCGCGAGUACAAGGCGGGCGACCUGGUCUUCGCCAAGAUGAAGGGCUACCCGCACUGGCCGGCCCGGAUUGAUGAACUCCCAGAGGGAGCUGUGAAGCCUCCAGCAAAUAAGUAUCCUAUCUUCUUUUUUGGCACCCAUGAAACUGCAUUUCUAGGUCCCAAAGACCUUUUCCCUUAUAAGGAAUACAAAGACAAGUUUGGAAAGUCAAACAAACGGAAAGGAUUUAAUGAAGGAUUGUGGGAAAUAGAAAAUAACCCAGGAGUAAAGUUUACUGGAUACCAGGCAAUUCAGCAACAGAGCUCUUCAGAAACCGAGGGAGAAGGCGGGAAUACUGCAGAUGCAAGCAGUGAGGAAGAAGGUGAUAGAGUAGAAGAAGAUGGAAAAGGCAAAAGAAAGAAUGAAAAAGCAGGCUCAAAACGGAAAAAGUCAUACACUUCAAAGAAAUCCUCUAAACAGUCCCGGAAAUCUCCAGGAGAUGAAGAUGACAAGGACUGCAAAGAAGAAGAAAAUAAAAGCAGCUCUGAGGGUGGAGAUGCCGGCAAUGACACAAGAAACACAACUUCAGACUUGCAAAAAACCAGUGAAGGGGAAGCAAGGUUAACAUUUGAGAGUGAGAACAGGAAGAAGUGUUGAAAGUUUAAAGAGAGAGGAAAAGGGAUAAAGUAGUUACUUAGAAGAACAGAAGAGUGAUUGGACUUGGGAAAUGAAGUUGAAUUGCCAGACAGCAGUAAGGGCCCACAUGAGGUUAGUGGUCAUGAAUUUAAAGUGAGAACGGUCAGAUGGCUGUGUGUUUUUCUCCAGGCAUAUUCAAU